AUGGCUAAACCAAUUCUAUUGACGUCACUUGCCUUGAGUCUAUAUACGAAAGGCAUAAGUGCAUUCCCACAAUAUGGGCGUUCCCAACUUGAAUUUGACUACGUUGUCGUCGGAAGUGGUCCUGGUGGCCUUACGAUAGCCUCUAGACUGACUGAAGACCCUAGCGUCUCUGUUGCGGUGAUCGAGGCGGGAACAUGGGCUGAAAAGGGAACCGGAAACCAGAGUCAAGUGCCUGGGUACGAUUAUUACUAUGGCGGGAAGGGUGCCAAUGAGACCAACCCCUUGGCCGAUUGGGGGUUUCUGACUACACCACAGGUGGGCAUGAACGACCAAGUUGUACACUAUGCUCGUGGAAAAUCGCUCGGUGGUUCCUCGAACCUGAAUUACAUGGGAUAUGCCCACACAUGUGAAGGGGCUUUUCAGAUGUGGGCUGACGCUGUACAAGACCAAUCAUAUACGUAUGAUACUACAUCGAAAUAUUAUCGCAAAAGCAUGAACUUCACAGGACCAAACCAGGAACUCCGUCUACAAAACGCGACUGUCAGCUAUGAACCGUCUGAGGUUGCAACAGGGGGUCCAUUGGACGUUACUUUCUCAACUUGGGCGCAGUCUUGGAGUACUUGGAUUGCUGCAUCUAUGAACAAAGUAGGACCUCCUAAUACAGAAACCUUUCUGAACGGCAAGCUUAAUGGUUCGUCGUGGGUACCGGACACCAUCAACCCUCGAAACGGCCACCGCGAAUCCGCUGCGACGGCCUUCCUCGAACCAUAUGUUAAUCGACCAAAUCUCAAGGUGUUUGACCUAACUCUUGGAGAACGCAUUAUUUUCGAUGCGAACAAGACUGCUCGUGGGGUAGAGGUCACUACCGGUGACCGAACAUACACAAUUUCGGCAAAACGUGAAGUUAUUGUGUCGGGCGGUACGUUCCAGUCGCCACAGCUCCUUCAAGUUUCUGGUGUUGGCCCGGCGGAGCUCUUAAAGAAGCAUAAUAUCACUGUAAUUGCAGACCGACCUGGUGUAGGUCAGGGCAUGAACGACCACAUCUUUUUCGGUAUAGCAUAUCGGGUUAAUAUCGAGACCCUUUCGGCUCUUAAGUACGGCGAUGCCGAUUCCCGGGCCAUAGAGCAAUUCAACGCCAAUGGUACCGGCCCUCUGUCAAACACUGCUAGCGACUACUUCGCAUACGAAAAACUACCUCAAGACAUCCGCCAGGAUUUCUCGCCGGAGACAUUGGCGGAACUUGCCAAACUCCCAGAAGAUUGGCCAGAGAUGCAAUACUUGACACUCGGCAACUAUGCUGGAAACUUUGAACAUACAACCCUUGGAUCACCACAAGAUGGGUAUAUGUACGCCGAAUUACUUACUACCCUUAUCACACCAACAUCAAGGGGCAGCGUCAACAUCUCGUCUCCUCGGAUGAGCGAUCAUCCGCUCAUUAACCCUAACUGGCUUACCACUCAACACGAUAUCGACUUGGUAAUUGGUGGCUUUAAGCGCGUUCGCCAAAUUCUUGAGUCGGACGUUAUGGCAAAUGUCACUAUUGGUCCUGAGUACUACCCCGGUCCAUCAGUACAGACCGACGAGCAAAUCCACGAACAAAUAAAGAAAAGCUUCGACACCAUGUUCCAUGUUAGCUCGACAUGUAAAAUGGGUACUUCUGACGACAAGGACGCUGUUGUGGAUAACCACGCCCGCGUGUAUGGUGUCAAUGGCUUACGUGUUGUGGAUGCUUCUGCAUUUCCGUUCUUGCCUCCUGGCUUGCCGCAAGCAACAGUUUACAUGCUCGCCGAGAAAAUCGCGGAUGACAUAAAGGCUGGAAACUAGAGCUUCGUUAAUCUCGCGAUCCCAAGGCAUGUAUUUAUAUGGUUUUGUAAUAUUUAGACUGGUGGGAUAGAAUGGAGGUGCAUUAGACUUAGAUGGUUCGGUACCAAUUAGAAAUAGGGGAGCAGUAUAGGUAAGACGGCGUAUCAUUGAUCUUCGCACUGUAGGGAGU